AUGAAGGCGCUAGGCUUCGAGAAACAGCUGGUUCUCACGACAGCAGAAGGCAAAAUCGAAAACGACAACGCUGGCAUCUUCGAGCACAUCUUAGUUUUCCUUGAUUCUGAAGCGCGGUGCAGCCUCAUUGGAGCAACUGUAGCAGAAUCGCUCGGACUCCACAAAGGAGAUCCAUACCAGUGCACCAUGCAUGGCAUUGGAGGAAACAUCGAAACAUAUAUAUCGCAUCAAGUAACAGCUGUUUUCAAAACAAGCUUCGGAGACAAUAUUUCAUUGAACCUGAUAACGAAACCGCUGCUAACCAACCCUUUCCCAGCAGCUACCUUGUCGAACUCUGACAUACAAUUCCUCAAAGAAAAUAGCAUCUUCCUCUCCAAUACGGCAGUAAAUGGGAAUCUAUAA